UGUUUCCUUAAAAGUCUCAGAUAGUACAGUCUUGCUGGGCCUUCUUAACCGCCGUGGCAGUCUGUACGCCCCAGGUCAGGUCCUCUUCCCGAAUACAGUCUUCGGAGCCGAGACAGCCCCAAGGUCGGCAGCAGGAUAACCCCAAGUUAUAUCUCAACUUGCUGGAGAUGGAGUACAACGGAGACCUGAAGCAAAAUGAAGAGAACAUCCUUGUGUGCUUUGACAAAGCCAUCGGCGGUCCCUUGCCUAUAAAGAUGAGGAUUUUGUUUUCCCAGCGAAAAGUGGAAUUUCUUGAAGAUUUUGGUCUGGAUGUGAACAAGCUUUUGGGCGCCUACGAAGAACACCAAGCCCUCCUGAGGGAACAGGAGACUCUGAAAAGGAAAGCCGAGAAUGGGUAUGAAUUCGCGUGCUCUAGCAGAGGCCUCCUGGGCUGCAUGACCUCAGACGGCAUGUAAGGAUGGGUCCACCCAAAAGGAAGCCCCUGGACGUAGCACAGAUAGCAUGUUUAUAGAUUCUGCUUGCAGCCUGGCCUGGCUUGGCCUGGGAAGUCCACACUAGCCAGCCCAAUCUUGUCAGAUCUCAGGAGUUAAGCAAGAUCGGCCAUGGGUGGGAGACCCCCAGAGAAUCCCAGGUUCGUGGCGCAGAGGCAGGGAAUGGCAAACCACCUCUCAACAUCUCCUGCCUUGAAAACCCCAUCAGGGUUUGUCACGUGUCAACUGUGACUUGAUGGCAAAAUAAUAAUAAUAAUUGUAAUCCCCUUUUUUCACUGAGACUCAGGGCUGAUCGCAUCCUGGUAACGGGAUCCGCGUCAGGUGCCCAGUGGGAAGGAAGGCAGGGGAUCGAGAAAUGCAAUAGAGCAGUGGUGGCG